AUGCGGGGCUGCCCGCGGAUCGCGCUGCUCUGCGCGCUGCUACCCUGGCUCCUGCACGCGGCGGCACCCCGGCGACCCGCGCAACCCCUCCCGAGCCGCGACCGCCGCGACCCCGCCAGGGGCUCCGAUUUCGAUCGCGUCUACAGCGGGGUGGUGAGUCUCACCACGGAGAACAUCUACUCCUUCAACUACACCAGCCAGCCGGGCCAGGUGAAUGCUGUUCGGGUGUAUGUGAAUAGUUCCUCAGAGAACCUCGACUACCCAGUCCUCGUCGUGGUUCGCCAGCAGAAAGGGGUGCUGUCCUGGCAGGUUCCUCUGCUCUUCCAAGGACUAUACCAGAGGAGUUACAACUACCAGGAAGUAAGCCGCACCUUGUGUCCCUCAGAAGCAACCAAUGAAACAGGACCUCUGGAGCAACUGGUAAUUGUAGAUGUCACCUCCAUGGCUCCACUGGGCGCCCAGUACAAACUGCUGGUUACCAAGAUCACGCACUUCCAGCUACAGACAAAUGUUGCCUUUCACUUCACUGCCAGCCCCUCUCAACCUCAGUAUUUUCUAUACAAAUUUCCUGAUGAUGUGGACUCAGUUAUUAUUAAAGUCAGGUCUGAAAUGGCUUAUCCAUGUUCUGUUGUCUCAGUGCAGAAUAUCACGUGCCCAGUGCAUGAUCUCGACCACAAUGUGGAAUUUAAUGGUGUCUAUCAGUCUAUGACCAAGAAAGCUGCCAUCACACUACAGAAGAAGGAUUUUCCAAGCAAGCAGUUCUUCGUGGUAUUUGUGAUAAAGCCUGAAGAUUAUGCCUGUGGAGGAUCUUUCUUUAUCCAGGAAAAGGAGAACCAAACCUGGAAUCUACAUCGAACAAAGAACCUUAAAGUGACCAUUGUUCCUUCCACUAAAGGAUCUGUUGAUGUGAAUUCCAUCCUUAUCAGUCUCUUCAUCUUCUUCUUCUUCUACUUCGGAUUCCUGCUUAUUGUGCUUGUUCAUUGUAUCAGUAUUCACAUCAAUGUCCUGCACAGAGUGGCAAACACCACGGGCAAUCAGGACAUAUGCUACUACAACUUCCUCUGUGCCCACCCCCUGGGCGUCCUGAGUGCCUUCAACAACAUUUUCAGUAACCUGGGCUACGUGCUCCUGGGCUUCCUCUUCCUGCUGAUAGUCUUGCACCGGGACAUUCUCCAUCACAGAGCCCUGGAAGCCAAGGACAGUUUUGCCAUGGAGUAUGGGAUUCCUAAACACUUUGGUGUUUUCUAUGCAAUGGGCAUCGCAUUGAUCAUGGAAGGAGUGCUCAGUGCUUGUUACCAUGUCUGCCCUAAUUACUCCAACUUCCAAUUCGACACCUCCUUCAUGUACAUGAUCGCCGGCCUCUGCAUGCUGAAGCUCUACCAGACCCGUCACCCGGACAUCAAUGCCAGUGCCUACGCCGCCUACGCCUCCUUCGCGGCCGUCAUCACGCUCACUGUCCUCGGAGUGGUGUUUGGAAAAAAUGACGUGUGGUUCUGGGUCAUCUUCUCUGCGAUCCAUGUCCUGGCGUCCCUGGCCCUCAGCACCCAGAUCUACUACAUGGGUCGUUUCAAGAUCGACGUGUCUGAUUCAGACUUGGGGAUUUUCCGACGGGCCUCGAUGGUGUUCUACACGGACUUCGUCCAGCAGUGCGGCCGGCCUCUGUACAUGGUACGUGCAUGCUCCGGUGUGCCUUGGCCUUCUCCCAGAGAGCCAGGGAACGGGAGGAGGGGCAGGCUCGGGGCAGACACUCAGGUUCCCUAAAUCAAGAGAGCCAGAUGGCCCAGGGUGGCUGAGGUCCAGUUAGGGGGAAGAAGCGUGUUAUUUACUCUUCUCGCUCAUGAAAAAGCAAGCUGGGAUGGAUCUAUUUUUACACAUGAAAUGUUGCUAGUGUAUACAGAGAACAUAUGUGUAUACAUAGAAAACUACUAAACAGUGACAAUUGCCGUGGGGAAGGAUCAA